AUGCAGAGAGACGACAUCGCGACGUUGGUGUGCCAGUGCCACACGCUCGGUGCAGCAGCAGACUUCGCCCACGAGCCGUCGUCCUACCCGGGCACCGCGGACGGUUCUUGGGGCACGUACGGCGGCCACGGCACUGGCGCCGGUGCCGGCGGCGUCGGCGCCGGGGCGAGCAUGGGCACGGGAGAGCUGGAGCAGCAGCAGGCGGCGCGCGACGAGCGGAAGGCGAGGCGGCAGGCGUCGAACCGCGAGUCGGCGCGGCGCGCGCGCGCCCGGCGGAGGGGGCAGCUCGACGAGAUGUCGUCGCGCGUGGCCGCGCUCCGCGCCGCGAACACGCGGCUGGCCGUGGAGCUGAACCGCGUGGCGGCCGCGCGCGCGCGGGAGGCGCGGGAGAACGCGCGGCUCAGUGCGGAGGCGGGCGCCCUGCGGGAGAGGCUCGCGGUCGCCGAGGCCGCUGCGGCGGCGGCGGUGGCACAGGGAGGCGUCGGGGAAGGGCGACGCCGGCGAUGA